AUGAGUGACGAGGAGCUGAUGAACGGCAUUGAGGAGGGUGACGAUGAGCUGCUUGGGGACGCAAUAGCUGAGGAUAUGGGGGACGAGAUGGGCGAUGAUGAUGAUCACGAUCCUGAUGCUGAGGAAGGGCUCGAUGACGAUCCAUUUGACGCUAGCGAGUUGGGACUGAAGGAGAUCAACAACCUCGCUCAUUUUGGCGUCAGCAGUCAUCGACCGGGAAACGGGGUGGCCGAGUUGCUCAACGAGGAUCUAGAAAAAUACUGGCAGUCAGACGGCCAACAACCUCAUUUUCUGACCAUUCAUUUCCUUCGCCGCGUAGAGAUUCGCGCUAUUCGCUUCUACGUUGACUACAACCAGGACGAAUCAUACACUCCCACGCAUAUCGUUUUCUAUGCUGGCACCGGUCACCAUGACCUCAUCCAGUUUGCCGAAGUCCCACUCACGAAUCCAGUCGGUUGGCAGAAUGUCCCGAUCUCUGAGAGUGGUGGGGGUGCGGACGGCCAUUCAUUGUGUUGUUGGAUGGUGCAGAUGCAUAUCAAGGAGAACCACCAGAACGGCAAGGACACCCACAUUCGCGGUAUCAAGAUCUACGCCCUGGACGACCACGUUCAUGCGGGCGCUGCCCGAGAGCCGGCCCGUGGCCUGGGUAUCAACGGCGACAGAGUCCGUGGGAGCGACACCCCUGGGUUUGACCGGGAGUCCCUUCAGGAAUUGCUGGAUGCUUUCGAGCGUCACCCUAUUCCAUCGCCUAACCAUGAUGCACCGCGAGAGUUGGUGAUCCGAUAG